GUUCAGGCGCUCGCGAUAAGUCUCCCAUACAUAUAUUUUAUUAUAAAUAUAUAGUCGAUCCACACACACAGCCCAUUCGAUCCGCGAUAAGUGAGAGCCGUCGAGCCGUUAAAAGCAUUUCGGCCAAGUGCAGCAACCGCAGAAACGUCGCGUUAGCCAACUAAAUCACAGUACCCAAAUAAAACAAAGUGUUUGAAAAACAAUUUUCAAAGAAUAAUUAAAUCAUCAUUCUAAGCAAAAUAUAAAAACAAUGCCAAAAGUGUUUUGAGCCCAAAAACAUUAUGUCGAUUGUCUGCACGCUAGAACAGAAAGUGAACUUUUUUAAAGCGGCUGCAACGACCAAAAAUCUCCUGAUACUCAAAAAUAAUACGGAUACCAAUUACAGCAACAACUACAAGCAGGAUAACCCCAGCAACAACAAGUUUCACCGCAUCCAGCAACAGAGCAACGCUAGCCAAUUGCAACAUCAGCACCAACUGCAGCAGAAGCUCGCUAAGCUGAAGCACUUUCCCUACGGGCCACGCCCACCCACCGGAGGCAAGGAGGAGCCGCUGCUCCUAUUAGCGCCACCGGACACACUCUAUCCAACAGCGAUGCCCGAGGUCCUCAGCGGUACGCCCACAAAUAUCCACAAUAAAGCCAACAUCGCCAUGAUGAACAACGUGCGUCUGUCGAAUAUAUCGCCGACUUUGUCAAUGAACGGCAGCUCCAACGAGGCAUCCAAUUUGCAUCCCCUGUCCAUGUACGGCGGAUCCAUCAGUCCGCAGUCGAAUGACAGCGGCAUGUCCGACAGUCUGGGCAAGUUUGCACCAGGAAGCGGCUAUGGCGAUGGCAUGAUGGGCCAGUCGCCCUCGCAGGGCGGCAAUGGACCCCAAUCGGCGUUGACCGCCGCCCAAAAGGAGCUCUUCUCGCAGCGCAAGCAGCGCGAAUUCACGCCGGACAACAAGAAGGACGAGAGCUACUGGGACCGCCGGAGACGGAACAAUGAGGCGGCCAAGAGGAGUCGCGAGAAGAGGCGCUACAACGACAUGGUUCUGGAGCAGCGCGUCAUCGAGCUGACCAAGGAGAAUCAUGUGCUGAAGGCCCAACUGGACGCCAUACGCGACAAGUUCAACAUCUCCGGAGAGAAUCUGGUCAGUGUGGAGAAGAUUCUGGCAUCGCUGCCCACCAGCGAACAGGUGCUGAGCAACACGAAGCGGGCCAAGAUGAGCGGCGGUGGCUCCUCCUCCGGAUCCUCGCCCUCGGGCAGUGGCUCGGGUGAGGGUUCUCCGCAGAAUGGCCACAAUGUCUAUCCGGUGGGUCCGCCACUAUCUCCGCUCAUCUACGCACCCAACGGCAGUGCCCGAUCAGAGGUGGCCACUGUCAAGAGUGUCCACCAUGUGCAGCAUGCAGGUGUUCCACCGCCGCCGCCGCCCACGCACCUGCAACAGUUGAUUGUGCCACAGGCGCAGCCGCAGCAUCUCUACCAGCCACAACUAACACAGCAGCAGCAGCAGCAGCAUCAGCAGCCGCAUCAGCAGCAACAGCAGCAGAUUACGCAGCAGCAGCAGCAGCAGCCAACACAUCAGCAGGAGCCAAGUCCCAGUGCUCCACGUUGCAGUUCACCCUCAGCCAUCUCCGAUCCGCACAACAAUCGCCCGCCCAGCAGCAGCACCAUUGCCAGUCUCCAGGUGCAACUGCAGCAGGCCUUGAAUCGCAAUGUUCGGCCCGAGGAUCUGGAUAGUUUGCGCAAGGCGGUGGCCGCCGGAGCCCUGUACAAUGCGGCCGCUGUGGUGGGUGGUGUGGCACCACCGCCGCCGCCACCCACUGGCCUGUACGUGCCCACGCCCAGCGCCUACAAGGAUCACCUGGAGGCGGCCGCCGCCUGGAGUCACAAUGUCGAGGCGGCCGUGAGCAGCAGUGCCGUGGAUGCGGUCAGCAGCUCAUCGGUGUCCGCCAGUGCGGCCAGUGUGCUCAAUCUUUCGCGUCGCGCCUGCUCGCCCAGCUACGAGCACAUGCUCUCCUCCACCACCUCCUCGUCCACUCUCUCCUCCGCCUCGUCGUCCGGCGCCGUUUCCGGCGAUGACGAGCAGGAGCACGAACCGGCGCACAUGGCUCUGCCGCUGCAGCUCCAGCGGAGCAGUUCGCAGCAACAGGGCAGCAGCAGCAGCAGCAGCGGCAGCAGCGAUGCCAACAACUGUCUGCCCCUCAAGCUGCGCCACAAAUCGCAUUUGGGCGACAAGGAUGCGGCGGCCACGGCAUUGCUCUCGCUGCAGCACAUCAAGCAGGAGCCCAACUGCAGCCGGGCAUCGCCGCCAGCCUGGAACGAUGGUGGCGACAACUCCAGCGACGAAAGGGACUCGGGAAUCUCGAUUGCCAGUGCCGAGUGGACGGCGCAGCUGCAAAGGAAGCUUCUAACGCCCAAGGAGGUCAAUGUGGAACGGGAUCAGAUGCUCAAGUCGCAGCUGGAGCGCCUGGAGUCCGAGGUGGCCAGCAUUAAGAUGAUCCUGGCCGAGUAGCCCGGAUCUAGAUCUAUAUCUAGAUCUGGUUCAGGAUCAGGAUCAGGAGAGAGAGCGAAGAGACAGAGACUCUGAAGGGGAUCAGGGGAUCGAGGAUGCAGAGCAGUAGAUGGCAGAGCGGAGAGUUCCAUGGCGCCAGUAGUAGUAGUAGUAGUAGUAGUAGUAGUAGAAGAUGAAGUUUUAAAACCGAGUGUUAACUAUUACAUACACGAGGCAUCUGCAAAUGUAUAACUCUAAAGCCGGGCCUGGACCAUAAACGACUCCUAGACUUUGUGGUCCAAACCCGGCCAUUACCCAUGUAUCUGUGUGCAUAUGCUUAUCUAUCCACUGUAUUGAAGUCUUGUAAUCGUGAAUGUUUAACUAUAUAUAGAUCUCGUCAAAACUCGGAGCUAAACAAAUCCUUAGGGUCGUCGGGCCAAAAGAGUUUCUUAUUUAACCUAGCACACGCACGCUAUUUGUUUGCAUAGCUAACUGGUGACCCCGUUUCGGUGAUCGGGGUCACCAGCAAAGUUAUUAUCCUCUUAUGCAUCCCAAGUUUCCUUAUGCACAGCGAAAGUGGAGAGAAAAAUAAAAGAUAUAUUAUAUUUGUAGGCAAACGUUACCAAGUAUUUGCUGUUGUACAUAUUACACAAUUAAUUAUAUAUAUUUACCAUAUACAUCUUUAUUCCUAUCGUGUACAUAAUUUUAGUUGCAAGCUAAGCUUAUUUUUAUUUUAUUUUAUAUUAUAUUAUUAUUAUUAUUAUUAUUAUUAUGUAGUGAAGUAAACAUAUACAUUACACUUAAGCGACGCGUGAAGCACAUUCAAACGUGAGAGACGAAAGAAAUCUGAAAAGAAUUAAUGAAUAUAUUCUGCAAUAAAUCAUUUUAAAUAUCUUACCUUAA